GGGGAGGUGGCCGGCUGCUUCUCCCGCGUCCGCCAUUUUGUUGCUGUGGCUCUUGGGAACAGGCUGGGCAAAGCCGUCCCGGAGGCGCCACGCUCCCUGGAGUCCGGUGCUUCGUGGUCGGCGGGUGUCAGUGCAGACCCGUACGGCUGCGGAGCCGGAGCUUUCCAGGUCGCGAUCCACUGGAACCACCCCCGGUACGUCAGACAGCCCAAGAACCCCAGGGCGGCCUCGGCUGCGGCUCGACUUCGCCCACCCCGACCGGGGGCUCUGCCCUGCAUUCCCUGGGCCGGCUCUUUCAGUGAGGCGGUCCCGGAGCAGGCGGGCGGCGGCAGAGGAUGCUGCGAGCCCGGAGCCGAGAGGCAGGUGCUGGCCCGGCCCUCUAAGCUUGCCUAGAGGUGUGCCGAGAGGUCCCUUUCUCGGCCCCAAAGCCGUCUGUCGGGCAAAGGCUUCCAGAACAGGCGAGAGCAGCCGCCGCCCCGACUCGCCACAGAACCCCGGCCGGGCACCAUGUCCUCCGCCAGGUUCGACUCCUCAGAUCGCUCUGCUUGGUACAUGGGACCGGUGUCUCGCCAGGAGGCGCAGACCCGGCUCCAGGGCCAGCGCCACGGCAUGUUCCUAGUCCGCGACUCCUCCACCUGCCCCGGGGACUAUGUGCUGUCUGUAUCCGAGAACUCGCGCGUCUCCCACUACAUCAUCAACUCUUUGCCUAAUCGCCGUUUUAAAAUCGGGGACCAGGAGUUUGACCAUUUGCCGGCAUUGCUGGAGUUCUACAAGAUCCACUACCUGGACACCACCACCCUAAUCGAGCCAGCGCCCAGGUAUCCAAGCCCGCCAAUGGGAUCUGUCUCAGCGCCCAACCUGCCUACAGCAGAAGAAAAUCUGGAAUAUGUACGAACUCUAUAUGAUUUUCCUGGGAAUGAUGCCGAAGACCUGCCCUUUAAAAAGGGUGAGAUCCUGGUGAUAAUAGAAAAGCCUGAAGAACAGUGGUGGAGUGCCCGGAACAAGGAUGGCCGGGUUGGGAUGAUUCCUGUCCCCUAUGUUGAAAAGCUUGUGAGAUCCUCACCACAUGGAAAGCAUGGAAAUAGGAAUUCCAACAGUUAUGGCAUCCCAGAACCUGCUCAUGCAUAUGCUCAACCUCAGACUACAACUCCUCUACCUGCAGUUUCCAGUACUUCUGGGGCAGCGAUCAACCCUUUGCCAUCCACACAGAAUGGACCUGUCUUUGCAAAAGCAAUCCAGAAAAGAGUACCCUGUGCUUAUGACAAGACUGCUUUGGCACUAGAGGUUGGUGACAUUGUGAAAGUCACCAGAAUGAAUAUAAAUGGCCAGUGGGAAGGUGAGGUGAAUGGGCGCAAAGGGCUUUUUCCUUUUACACACGUCAAAAUCAUUGACCCUCAAAACCCAGAUGAAAAUGAGUGAUUGCUGUUGCCCUGUUUUCUGCUGCUUUAUUGUUCUGCCUGUCAUAGUCUCCUUUGAAGUGGGAAAGCAUUCUCUCUCAUAGGCAGGUUACACUGCAUUGCCAAUGUCCAGCUUUCUGCAGACUGGCGAUCUCUCAUACACAUUUGGAAUGCACACAGCGGCUGUCUCCUGGCAUCUGUAUUAUAGUCGUAUUGUCAGAGUAGCCGAUUUUAGAGUUUUUUGGAUCAUAAACUGGAAAUGCUGGUGGAAGCACACAUGUGGAGAGAAGCUGACAAGAAAAGGGUCUUCCUUCUCAUCGCUGCCCUGUUUGUACUUGGGACUGAUUCUGUCGUGUUCAUCAGAGAAAGCUUGAGACYGUAGUGAGAGAUCCUGCAUGUCGCUGUUCCACAAAGUGGUGGCUCCACCACCAACUUGUUUUUCUUGAACAACACAGGAAGUGAACAUUAAGGAAGAGAGAAUUCUGUCCUAGGCACCCUGCCCCCCGGCCCCCAAAUCUGGCUUUUCUUUCAUUUUCUUUUGGUUUGGUUUGGUUUUGGAAGACUAAUUGGACUUGUGUGUUCUGAACAGAUUUUUAAGUAGCAGGUUGGAUUUUUGUGAUAGUCCAGGGAAUGGCACUGCCUCUGAGCUUCUAAAUUGAAGCUGCUGUAACUAAAGGAAUAUGAAAAGAACAGCUCUGAAGUGUAAAGGCCUUUAUUGUCUUGGUUGUCAGUAGUACCUUGUUUUACCAUGUAGAAAAUAACACAAUAAAUCAGCAGUCAGUGGUGGGCCAAGCUAUGUACACAGGCCUCUUGGAUUAGUUUGUCCCCAAAAACAUUAGAGUCAGAGGUAAUUUGGGGGAAAGCCUUUGCUUACCUUGUUUGCCAGUGAUGGGUGGGGGUGGGGUUGAACAUUUGGCUAAUUUUCUGUCCCAAUUUUCAGUAAAUGUACCCCUUUAAGUUAUAUGAUUUAAAUUUCUUUUAAAAGUGAGGUUAAUAGAAUCAUUGAAUUUCAUUCACUGAAGCCUACCCAGUCCUUGAUGCCCCAGCUCAGUCUUCCUGGGCUGCUGGAGAAAGAUGGUGCUGAUGCUUCCAAAUAAAGGAAAUGCUAACUGGAAAUUGGUUCAUUCACUUGAGGUCUAGUGUUAUAGUGACUAGCAAGAACUCUUAACCAGUUUACCAUUAACCAUUUGUUACUUUAUUGUUUUAAAGUAUUUUCCUAUUAGCUAAAAGAGACCUGUUUUUUAUACAAGCCAGCUCUGGUACAAGUGUGGGACUGAUGUCUGCUGAGCAUAACAGAUAAAAAUUCUGGAACCUUUACGUAGUUCAUUCUACUUUCCCUCUGGACCCUAAUGAAGACAAGCUCAGCUCAAAGUGAAUACUGCAGAAAUGUAGCAGCAACCUAAAGAGUAAUUCUAGCAUUUAUGGGGCAUCUGCUGCAACUAUAGCCCUAUCUCUGGAAGCGCUUAGGUUUUGAGGUUCAGAGUAAUGUAUUCUGGUGACAGAAUCAGCAAAACAACCAGUUUUCCAUUUCUUUAUUACUUUGUCUUUAAAUCAGGCUGAUAACUGCCAUAUUAAAGAAUCUUAAGAGUCUUCCUGUGAUAAAAUAACAAUCAGUUGGAAAAAAUACCACUGUGGCUGUCUGUCUGUGGUUUUCCUAGAAAAUGCUUAAGAGAUCAGCUUCCUACCCAAUGAGAAAUGUGGCCACCUCUUACAGUUGCCUUUUCUGGCCAAGUCCGUUUAGUGGGCUUGUUCUAAGUUCAAGCCCAGCCUUACACCCACAGGUGGUGGGAGUAUGACAAAAUCCCUACACUGCCUAGAAAUACUGCUUGCCUUUCAGCCCAUGACCUGGUUCCACCCUGCCUUCUUGGCUCCUGCAUCUGAGUGGAGUGUCUAGCCUUGAUCAAAGAGGGCACAAACCCUAAGACCUUUUAAAAACAGAUAUAGCUGAAGGGCUUGGCACCUUUUGAUUGUAACAGCUGGCUCAGAGUACAAGUAGUAAAUGGCCAUUUUAGAAAGCAGGGUUUCCUUUCAGCCAGGUCUGCUGACCAAUAGCAAGAUCCACCCUGUAGGAUGUGCUUCAGAAUUAAAACACUCCACAAACCUGGAGUUUGUUUCCAUAAAGAAUUACUUUAGCCAAUAUAAAUGUCUCCAGGGUUACCUAGGAGAUUGAGAGCUCAAUCCAGAAUAAGUCUUGAGUUCUGAGCUCUCAAGAUGUGUGCCAAAAGUAGUAACUUUUUGACUUGAGAACCUUAUCAGUUUUGUUUUGUUUUGUUUUGUUUUUUUAACUAGGUGGAGAAAUUCUAUUUUUCACACCAAAUAGUGGAAAGCAGCACCUUUGCCUUGGCUUCAGUGCUUUGGUUCCCA